AUGCUUACUUUUGUAAAAGAUGCAAAAGUCUCUGAGGACAUGAGCAGAAUUCAGGAUGAGAGAAGUCAGACCAAGAGUGGCCAUAUAUCUCAUUUUCUACCUACUUCUAGACGAAUUGUGCAGUUCUCAAAUGCCAAGGGGCCAGGACCAAAUGCUAGUGUGGUGUACAUUGAUGGAGCAUUUGAUCUUUUUCAUGCUGGGCAUGUGGAGAUCCUCAAAAGUGCACGGCAACUUGGAGAUUUUCUGCUUGUUGGAAUUUAUGCUGAUCAGACUGUCAGUGAACAACGCGGGGCUCGCUUUCCACUUAUGCAUCUGCAUGAACGUAGUCUUGGUGUUUUGGCCUGCCGUUACGUUGAUGAGGUCAUCAUUGGUGCACCGUGGGAAGUUACAAAAGACAUGAUCGGUUGUUGUUUCCCGUUGGUGAUGCCUUCUUUUGGCCAGAUCUCAAAGAACACAAGGAUGCUGUAG